AUGAUCGUGGUUCCGAUCGGUACGCUUCAAAUCCGCAAGGCACUGCAGCAUAUAGGCUUUAGUUCAACACGUGCAGUCUACCAAACCGAAGGCGAAGAAAAAGAAACCUCCAUUCGUUCGUUCGUCCGUGGGAUAUCUUAGAGGCGCGAGAAGAGAGUGUCGUAUAUUGAUGAGAUCGCGGUUCGCCGAGUGGACGCGCAAAACCGUGAACCUUCUUGUUUUUCGAAAAGUUGGGUGCAGUGAAUAGCGUGUCGUGCAGAAGUUGCCUAACCAUCGCCAUUAAGUUUCUAAUUCAGCGAGUGUUGGCACAGUGUUUUGUAUGAAAAGAUGCAUUGCAUUACAAAGUUGUUGUUAAUCUGGUUGUCGCUGAUGAUUGGGAAGAUUAAAGGUGUCGACAGAUCUCCUCCGAAUGUGAUCGUUAUCGUUGCAGAUGAUCUCGGUUGGAACGAUGUAAGCUUCCACAGUUCGAAGCAGAUCUUCACGCCCAACAUCGAUGUUCUGGCGUAUCACGGAGUCAUCUUGAACCGGCAUUAUUGUGCGCCCUUCGGGACAGCAUCUCAAGUCGCAUUGAUGACCGGAAGUCAUCCGCUAAGUGUCGGUACUCAGAGCGCAUCAAACGAGCCAGAUCAACCAUGGACUCUCGAUCCAGAACUUAAACUGAUGCCCGAAUACUUCCGAGACGCUGGUUAUGCCACUCAUUUGAUCGGAAAGUGGGGUCUCGGAUUCUCCCGGAAGGACUACACACCAACCCAGCGAGGAUUUGAUAGCCACUUCGGGUUUCUUGGGCCGUACAUUGACUACUGGGAUCACAGUUUAAGGUUGCGUAAUACCUCGACGCGUGGAUUGGACAUGCGACGGAACUUGGACGUUGAUUACUCGGUUAAUGGAAGCUACGCGACAGAUUUGUUCAAUGGUGAAGCCGUGCGUUUGAUACGGGAGCACGAUCAGAAGAAGCCGCUGCUGUUGGUGUUGACACAUUUGGCACCGCACACUGGCAAUGAGGACGAUCCGAUGCAGGCGCCGGCCGAGGAGGUGGAGAAGUUCGACUACAUCCGAGACGAGAAGAGGCGCGUGCUGGCGGCCAUGAUCUCUAAGGUCGACGAAGGAGUUGGUCAAAUAAUACAAACUCUGGCGGAACGUGACAUGCUGGACAACUCGAUCGUUCUGUUUUACGCUGAUAACGGCGCCCCAACCGUGGGAAUGCACUCGAACUCUGGGUCCAAUUUCCCGUUAAGAGGACAAAAGUACAGUCCUUGGGAGGGCGCAGUCCGAACGGUGGCCGCCAUCUGGAGUCCACUGUUGAAUCUUACCGCCGGACGGGUUUCCAACCAGUGGAUUCACGUGAGUGACUGGUUGCCAACGUUGGCACAUGCAGCCGGAAUCGAAGGAAUUCCCAUUGGCAGUGAAAUAGAUGGCCGCAAUCAGUGGGAAGCGCUAAAAAAUCCGGCAAUCACUGUUAGGAAUGUGGUAAUGAAUAACAUCGACGAGUUGCACCACUACAGUAGCUACAGCCGGAACGGGUGGAAGUACGUAAAUGGGACAUCGUGGGAGGGUAAGUUCGAUAAUUGGAUGGGCGAACUGGAAGACGAAGAUGAGCUGAGUGAGGAAGAGUACGUGGUGAGGUUGGCGGGAUCUGUGGUUGGACGGAUGAUGCCUCUGGAUUUGGAACAUGUGGCUCGUUUGAGACGUGCUGCGACUGUGGAGUGUGAAGUGGAAGGGCAGGUGAAGGCUUGUCAACCGAUGGAAUCGCCAUGCUUGUUCAAUCUGAUGGAUGACCCCUGCGAGAGGAAUAACGUGGCUUUGGAUCAAUUGGACAUCUUGGAAGAACUGAGGGAAGAGGUCGAACGUUAUAGACAGACUGCCGUGGAACCUCGAAAUAAACCGGCUGAUCCUCGCUCAGAUCCUGGCUUUUACAAUAAUACUUGGACGUGGUGGCUGGAUGAGAUUGAUUCUCGGUCUAAUAUGUAUAUGUUCCCUGUGAUGAUAAUAGUGAUUUCAAUAGCUAUUGUGGCGUUGCUUCUUUUAUUUUUACGACCAUUUAAGUAUUAAAACGGUAGUGUAAGUAUAA